AUUGAUUUCACCAGUGGAUUUCAAUCAGAGAUUUCAACCAAAUAGCAAUAACAAAUCCUACGAAUAUUUCAAUAUAAUAAAAGUAAUGUCAUUCGUAUUUUAUUUUCAACCAAUGUGAUGAAAUUGUAAUUUAUUUUGUGUGAUUUUUUUAACAUGCUCAAAUUUAAAUAACACAACCUUUAUAGUUUGUUUAUAUUUUUACCUCGGUGAUCCUGCAAAGAACUUGUACUUCUAAGAAAAUGGAAACGUUAGAUUAAAGUAAAUGCCGCCUUUCUGUGCAACUAUGAAGUAAUGCAAAUAUUACAGCAGCUGAAAGACACAACACAAAAAAAGCACAAAAGGGAAGGUUCAUUAGCUACAGUUACCUAUGAAACGGUUCAUUACCUACAAGACACAGAAUGUAAACGUCAAAGUGUACAAGCGAUACAGAAGUUCCUUGAAGCAAUGAAGAAGUUCAAGUUGACCAAAACGGAGAAACUGAUGAUGGUGAACACUCCACCAAGAACUGAACUGGAAAUUCAAUUGAUAGUCCAAGAGAGUGAGGAGCGUCUGACCGAGGAAGAAGUUCAGGAGAUUAUCACGAUAGUCAACGAGCAUCUGCCCGCUGAUACGUGACACGUGCGAAAUAGUUUGCGGAAAGUGCAUAUGUUUCUGUGCAUUGGAUAUAUACUUACUUUUUAUUUAUUGACUUAAAAUUAGGCAUCACAUAAAGCUGUACGAUUGUAUAAAUCUUUUGU